AAUGAGUUUGCCUUCGUAUUUCUGUCCAAGUCUCAAUUCAGUUUUAAACUUGUACGUCAACAGUCGUGUCAAUAAAAUCAUAUAGAAUUCUAGCAAAUAUCUUUACAAUUGCUUCUGUGGCUACACAAGUUUUCAUCAUCUGCAAAUAAGGUAGAGCUAAUUCAUUUUUAUGUGAAACUGAUUUCCAAAAUUCUGAAAAAAAAAAGAGAAAAAUUGAAGAAAAGAAUUUCCCAAAGUGCCAAAGUUCCCAAACGUUUUUACUGAAAUGGUCCCAAUCAAAUGGAUCCUCACCAUUCUUUUGGCCGUUUGCUGUCAGUGUCAAUCAUUCGGUGCUUCUUCUUCUUCUUGGGCGAAACUAAAAAUAUCGCCGGACACGUUCAGUUCUAUGGAGUACGGCAACUUUCUCAUUGAAAUUUAUGAACACGCCGAUAAUAAUCAAAAAUCAUCUGACAGUCAGAAAAAAUAUUUCUACUCCCCUCUGGCGCUGCUGGACCACUCAAGCGCCGUUAGUACUUACAACAGAUUUACGAAACAGCCAGAGAUGAGCUUCCGCAUUGAAAUGUGGAACGACAAAGUCCAGAAUGAAGUGGUCAAACAUUUAAAUGAAAUCGUCGGUCAUCAAAUCAAAUCAAAUAAAGUCAGAGUCAUUCCCUUGGAGAAGGUCAUUCUCACCAGCAAAAUACCCACAACAGAUUAUUCGCCAUCGCCAGUGUGGACGAAUUAUGACAGAAGCAAAACCCUUUGGUUUUCUCUGACUUGUUAUGACCAGAAAAUCUGCGACGAACUUGCCAGUGAAAUGCGAUCUGUUCCCAAACAUUCAAACCAUUUCAAACUCUUGUACAGUUUGUCACCGCAGACGUCGCAAACCAAACAGACGACCAUCAGCAUCGACAGCGUCACUUCCGGUCAAUUGGUCUCGACUCUUUUACAGAAAUUUGGUGACAAGAAAGAAAUUUUUUUGACGGCCAGCCAUGAGAAGAAAAUGUUGUCGGAAACGGCCACCAACAUCCGAAUGGACACAUUUGACGACUCUGAGGUCGGGUCGCCUGAUACGGAGUUUCAAGUUUCAAAUAUUUUAAAGGAUUUGCUCGUAACGUCCAGGACGACCAUAAGAGAACAAAGUGACAAAAUGUGGGACUCUGUUUUCUGGAAUGACGACAAUUAUCGGCCGGACAAGACGACGAAAACUUUAAAUGAAAUCCUCAACAAACUGGACAGGGAAACUCAAAAGAUAUUGGCGGAUAUGUUUCAAAAAGUGGAGAAACAGUCUGAAAUAACUGAAAAAUCAACUUCGAGUAGUAAAGAGACAACAAGACGAGAAGAACAAAUCAGUUUAAUCAUUUCAGAGAAAAUGACAAACGAAUCUGAUGGUUCCAGUCAGGUCGAAAUUUCUAAAGAAGAAAUGGCAAAAUUAUUACAAGAAAGUAGAAAUCACGUCCAAUGGGACGGAGAGAAAUUUGUGCCCAAACCGAUGCAACUGAGCAGAAUCAAUUUGGGCAAAUUUCGUGAUUCUCAAUUGUUUCAGGAUCGCAACGUCCGUGUCCGUUACACGACCGCCGAACUGUCGGUGCCGAUAAAAAUUAUGGAACACGGAGAAUUGACCGUCACUGACGAAUGGAACAAUUUAAAGGACGAACUCAAAGCCACUACUGAGCUCUUAAGCACAACUGUGAACAAUUUGGUGAAGACGAAUACCGAACUGAGAAAUGCGAAGAGUGAUUUAACUAAAACGCAAAUUGAUUUCACUAAUAAAUUAGAAGGGACUAAACAAGAGUUGGAGAAAACCAAAAACGACUUGGAGGAAACGAGGGUUUAUGUCAAUAAUCUAUCGAUAAAGUUAAAUGAGACCAAGCAGGAGUUGGUGAAAACGAGAGCAGAUUUCAUCAAAACCGUCGAUGGUUUAUCUGCAAAACUAAACGCGACUGAAACAGAAUUGACAGAAACGAAAAUCACGGCCGGGAAUUUGUCAGCUGAACUCAAAACGAAUUCGGAUCGAUUAGGUCAAGAACUAAGAAUUGCUGAAGAAAAUUUGAAAAAAGAUCUAAGAGCAACCUCAAAUGAUUUGGAAACUGCAAAAACAAAUUUGGCCUCAACGAUGACGGAGUUGAACAGCACCAAGUCCGCCGUUGCGGAUUUGGCGACCAAAUUAAACUUUGUAACAAACGGUAACAAAGCCCGAACGAGUGAAAUAGUUGACAUCGGUAAAAUGCCAACCUCGUGUGCUGAUUUGGAGCGAAUGGGACAAAAAGUCAAUGGAUUCUUUUCUGUCAAAGGAUCAAAGAAGAUGGAAAUGAUUUACUGCAACUUUUUUGCCAAUCAAAAUGACAAACAGAAAUGGAUCGGAUACGUCGACGUCAAAUCGACGCCUGUCCAUUUCUACGUCCAGAGAAAUUCGCCAUUUAAAACAGAAAACACUCCGAUUCCGUUCGAUUUGGCGGUGGUGAACGAGGGAAAUGCCAUGAAUUUGACGUCGGGGAAAUUCACGGCACCGCGGCCGGGAAUUUAUUUUUUCUCUUUCGCGGGAACGGCGCGUCUUUAUUCUUCAUCUUCUGUAAAUUUUUAUUCUCGUCUUUAUUUGAACGGACAUCGAAUCGGGGCGAGUAAUGUUCAAGAGAAUAACGGCCCCGUUGAUCAAUGGAGUCCGUUUACCCUCCAGUCGACGUUGAAUUUAAAAAAAGGCGAUCGAGUUUGGGUGCAGAUUCGAGGUUCAUUCUCGUCUUUAUAUGACGACAGUGACCACUUGACCCAUUUCACGGGUUUCAUGUUGGAGGAGGAAAUUCAUUAAGGGGUAGAAUUUUCUUUACCAAAAUUAAACUGUGGAUGUAAUUGAUAUUUCAGUUGUGCACUCGUCCAGAAAAAUUCUUUUGUCUAUCUCUAAAAAUAAGGGCAAGAGACAUGAAAAACUCAUUUUGAUUGCCAGAUUUAAAAAAUUGAUUUAUUAAAUUGUAAUUUGAUAAAUUGUAAUUUGAAAAUUUCGUUCGAAAUCAACACGAAACGUUGCUUCUACACUCUUCGUUUAUCUUUAAGGGAGAUUAUCUUUUUUUAAAUUUGAUUUCAUUAAAUUUUAAUUCAUUUCCUUCUCACGUUCGCAGAAUGAGAUGGGAGAAAAAAUAGGGAAGGGUAGAAAAUUCGGUCGACUCUUAUUCAUGAAGGAAUUAGAAUUUGUUUACGAAAAUUAAACUGUAGAUGCAACUAAACAUGUUUAAUACACAAACGAAUUUUC